UGUUUUUAUCAUAUGAACAAAAUUAUAUUUGUAAUUAAGAUUCCACUUGUACUGUGUUCCACGAUAUGUCGAAACCUGAUACAUUCGUCCUUGUUGAGCCAACGAGCUCUUACGUAGCAAUAACAGCUGAUCGCAUGUUUUACUCACUGAUAGGAGACGUCGACAAGUGCAAAGUCAUUAGUGAGAAAUGCCACGUGUGCAUAUUAGUGAAUGUGUUUUCAGUGAUUGCGAAUCCCACGUGUGAGACGACUCUUUUGAGUGAUGUGGUCAGUAAACUUCCUGACAUAUGUGUAACGAAACUAAUAUAUGGGUCAAUAGAUUUAUUUCAUAAGUUAACUUUUAAUCGAUGGAUUUUUGUACAGUCUGAACCAGGGAAGUGCCACAUAACUUGCGAUGAUAAAAAUGUUAACUCUGAUAUUAUUUUAUUUGGAACUGGCAUUUUAACUCUACCUAAGUCAUGUAAAGCAUUUUAUAAAACCUUACAGUUUACAGCCGUUGGCAAAACAGUCAUCACUAAUGUAACUAAUACAAUAUCUAAUUUUAACAUCUUACAAGAUGAUUGUUGUGAAAGAUCUAGAUUAAAUAAAACACUAGAACGAUUACCGUAUUCUAAGCUUAAUAACUUAGAUAAUCUCGAUUCCUUACUACAUGCCAGCAUCCAUCUCAGCUCUUUCGAAGAUGAAAUUAAUAAGCUUGAAAAUCCAUCUCACUUUGAAACUUAUGGCACGCAUUAUCUUUCCCUGAGUUUAUUUAGUAGCACUUUAAUUUUAAUAUACCUUUUGUAUAAAUGUCGCAAAAGAUUUUCUACAUCUAUGGAGUCUCCAUGUUGCAUCCAAAUAUUUAAUCAAUGCCAUAGUAAAAAUAACUCUACUCCACAAACCACGCAAACUACAUUUCAUAGAUACUCUCUUAAAUCCUCAGAUAGAGAUGUUACUGAAAACAUAGAAGAGGAAGUGCGCAUGACGCCUUCUCCUACCAAGAGGAAUAUACACAAUUUUACAAGAAGCCACGAUUCCUAGUUUAUUAAUAUUUGGAUGAAUCAUAAGACCAUAAAAUGUAAUUUUAUUAAUGAAUGUCCUUUUUAGGGUAGUUACUUUCUUUUAUUGAUUUGUUAGUUUUGUAAUUUCUUUAUUUUAAUAAUGUAACUUUGUUCUAGCGAAAAUCCAAUCUUUUCAAGUUAUCUCUCAUCACUUUAAGAUGUGAUGAUCGAUCUUAACGGG